UUCCGGUUGUAUGGCGGCCGACAUGAAUGCAAGACGGGACAAGCACGGAACAAUCGCCUUCACGUUGCCGAUUUCUUGUCAAAUUUGUUUAGGAAAGGUAAAACAGCCAGUGCUGUGUCCAAACAACCAUGUGUUCUGCUCUCAGUGUAUGGAUGUAUGGCUACAGAGGAACCAGCAGUGUCCAGCAUGUCGUGUGACCAUCAAUCCUGCUAAUCCUGUCCGACAAAUCCUUGGAGGAUUAAACGAAGCCAUGGAUGACAAGGAAAGAUUAUCAAACCCAGAGCUACGCAAGGCUAGAUUUGAUGUUCUCUACAGAGAAUACGAGGAAGAAUUUGAAAGGUUGAAUGCUGAAAACAACUUGCUUAAAACCGAAAACAGUGUAAUGAAACAACAACUUCAGAAGAAGGGUCCAGACAGCAAAGGUUCAUCCCGAGAUAUAGGGCUACCAAAGGCUACUGACACUAAUGGGCUGCUACUUCUCACCAAAAAAUUACAGGACGCUCAGAGACUGUACGAAAAAGUGAAAACUGAAUUAGCGAGGACAAAAGAGGAAAAUAAUUCAUUGAAGGAGGAAAAUGUGAACAUUAACCAUGAAAACCAGAAAUUAAGGGGAGAAAUAGCCAAUCGUUCUCCUCACAGGUAUGGUCGCUACACUGUAUCAACGCUGGAGGCCAAGAUACAGAGUUAUGAGAAAGAGGUCGGCCAACUGAACAAAGCUCUGGAAAAAAGUGAUAAGUACAUUGAGGAGAUGCAGACAGAGCUCAAUGAACUACGUACAAAAGGGAAGUCCAAGUCGGACACCAUGUCCAGCAGUAGCCAACCUGUUAAGUCUUCGUACACACGAUUCCUGCCCCCAGAUCCUCCACUGACCUACGGUGUGGAUGGGAGUCACAAACGACAAUUGUUUGGGGAUGAAAGUAGUGAUAAAAAGACAAGUCAAGAUGACAAGGGCUAUCUCAAUGGUGAGUCUCACAAAUACGCUCAGUAUGAUGACCAGGCAAUGCAUGAUCGGUACAAGUCUUACGACAGUAAGGCUAGCAUGAAAUCUACAGCUUCUAAGAAUGGUUCCAAGUCAAAACGUGUCACAUUUGAUCUUCCAAGGGAUAAAAGUGAAACAGUGUCAUUUGAUCUUGAAAUGCCUAGUCCAAUGACAUCAAAACUCUCGCUCACAAAUGGCUCAUCUGACUCUCCGAUCAAAGGUGUCCUGAAAAACAGUAAGAAGUCAAGUGCUGCAGAAAUGAAUGAUAGUUUUAGCCUCUCAAAGCCAAGUUCUUUAGAUGAUUCUCUUUUCGAUACUCAAAAGAAGCCACCAACACACCACUACAGCAAAGAUGAUGAUGAUUUGUUCCGUCGAAGGUCUGGAAGAAGUGACUUUAAUGAUAGUUUUAGUCUUGAACGUCCGGGAAGAGGCUCUGGCAGACACGACCAUGAACUGGAUGAUACUCAAGUGAUCCAAUCGGAAUUGGAUGAACUGGAUAUCUCCCUCACUCCAGACUUCACAGACUGUAUGAAGCUGCUGAAUAGGGCAGAGAAAAAGGUGCACAGUCAUGGUGAUGAUGAGGAGGAGGACAUGGAAAGUGAGCCAGUGGAUAUGUACAGGUCCUCAAAGGACUAUCUUGGGAACUACAGGUCAAAGGUUGACCCUCUUGAUCACAAAGAUGACCUCAAGUCUAAACCAGAUGCUGUCGUACAAGAUUAUAAAACCAGAGAUGACUACAAGUCGUACUCAAAGUCAGAACCUUCAAGGAUAGAGACAGCCUACUCCUCAAAGUACUACAAUCCUCAUUUGGAGGAAGAUUACAAAACCACUGCUGCUGGUAAGUCAAGCUACAGUGUGACACACGGUGAUGCAGACUCACUAGGCAACAAAUACAGAACUUCACAAAAUGACACAGACACUUUUAGUAAUAAAUACAGGACAGGGUUGUCUACUGCUACAAGUUACAAAUCAGAUCUGUCUACCAAAACAGAUAGUAAUCAGUAUUCUGCGCCAACAUCAACUUCCACUGGUGAGAGGUACUCGGACAAUUAUGGUGCCAGUGGUGACGAUGUCGGUAGAUACCGUAGAUCUACAGAUCGUGACUUACAACCUCAGCGACCAGCAUCAGCAAGUCUGUUGCCGCCCUCCAAGCCCAGCAGUUUGUACAGUUCGGCUGGUUCUGCUCUCCCCAACAAGCCAUCCUUGUCCGGGAAACCGCUCAGCCAAAGUGGCUUUGGGAGAAGCCCCUCUGUUGACAACCUUUUUAUGUCGCCAAAGUCCUCUCAAAGUACCGGCAGUCGUUACGCUACCGCAGAAGAUAUUCCAGCCUUCAAGUCAAAACGCCUCAGUCUUCCAAGCUAUUCAUCCAGUGCCAACAGCAAGUUAUCUCUCAACAAGUUUUCUACAGGAUCGUACGAGCCAGGCAGGCAAGGUAGGGUUCUCCCUGGUUCUAUGUCUGAAACUAACCAGGAUUACUCUAAGGCGUCCCUCCCUCCGAGGCCAUCCAGAACAAGGCCCUACUCAGACUAUGGCACCACAGCCAAUGCUUAUGCUAUGGGUGCUACUAAUAUUGGUACAUCUGCCAGGUCUUCGCUAGAGAGUGCUUAUCCCUCAUCGUCACGAUUUGACCCAGCCCCCUCAUCCUUGCGCUAUACUUCUGCACCAUUAUCAUCCUCGACGUCCACAACCUCCUACCUCCCUACCACUGUGACUUCCAUUAGUGCUAGUAACACCUAUUCCACAGCACAUCCUCCCUCCAGCUCUACCUACCCUGCUACCUCCCUCACAUCAACCUACCCCUCCUCCUCCGCCUACCCCUCCUCCUCUGCCCCACCCCCGCCAUCAUCAUACACAAGUAAACCACUGGACCUUGAAACAGCGACCAAGGGAGGGUACAGCUAUCUCUCUAACAACUCAACCUUGGGCGAGUUCUCCAAGUCGGAUUCUUACCUUCCAGAGCCCAAAAAAAGACUGUUCGAGUCAAGUGAUGAUUUUGAUGUUUCAUUAAGUCCAAUAAAGUCCACCAGAAAAAUGUGACAGUACAACAUUGAUGAGAAUGUGUCCUGUUUAUAAUGUGUUAAGUGACAGUACAACAUUGAUGAGGAUGUGUCCUGUAUAUAAUGUGUUAUUUAUUGGCCAUUGUGAUAAGUACUGAUUAACUUAUUUUUCUGUUCAUGAACCUGUUUGCCAUAAAUAUUUUUGAAGCAAAAUUACUGCAGGAAAAACUCAUUUUGCUGAUUUAGCAUUCAGUGUUUACAUUGGUUUUGUAGAACUUGUAGAGAAUGUAACAUGUAUACUAAAUCAUGAGUCCAUCCAUAACGUGGAGUAACAAUUUCAACUUUUUACCUUUUUAAAAUCAAACAUCUAUUGAAGACAAUGUUUAUACAGUGUUUUUUUAUUAUUGAUGUGAUUUUGUUUUAAAAUGUAUUUUAAUGUUGCUAUUUUUAAAUUAUUUUUCAUUAUUAUAAACAGCAUAUGCUAGAAUACAUUGUGAAUCUUACUUAAGGAAAAUGUAUAAGUGUUUCACAUGUCAAAUAUGUCUUUUGUACCUACAUAAAGUAUUAUACAGCAUUACUGAUAUUAAAGGGAAAAUAAAGUUUUACUGGGAUUAAUUAAAGGGGUUCAGUAAAGGGAAAAUAGGAGUUUUGCUGGGAUUAAUUAAAGGGGUUCAGUAAAGGGAAAAUAAAGUUUCACUGGGAAUAGUUAAAGAUGAAAUAAUGAAAGUUUUACGGAAAAUCAUUAAAGGGGUUCAGUAAAGGGGAAAUACAAAAGUGUAAUGAUAUUUUCACUGGAAAUCAUUAAAGGGUUUCAGUAAAGGGGAAAUAAUUAUAUUUUCCCUGGAAAUCAUUAAGGGGAAACAAUGAAAGUUUUACUGGAAAUCAUUAAGGGGUUCAGUGAAGGGAAUUGAUGACAGUUUUUUGGAAAUCAUUAGGGGUUCAGUAGAUACUCAGAAGUCGGGAGGUAAUGAGAAUGGUACUAGAUUUCUCAGCUAAUUUAUUAUUGGUAGUACUAGUUAUGUCAUAUUAUGUGUUAAAUAUAGAAGUUUUAUACUGUUGUAACCUUGAACAAAAUUAGGCAGCUAGGCGAUGUUUAUCACUGAUUGUAGGCCAGUAUGACGAGGUGAGCUUUGUUACAUUAACCACACAUUAUUAUGCGUAUCUGUGAUUUGAUGAUUACUGUUCAGGAGGAGGUAACUAACCAGAUAUCAUGUUCUGUAAGGAAAACUUCUUUGAUACUAUCUUUCUACCGUGAUCAACCUUGAAGUAUUCUGUACAGUUGUGUUGCCUGAUCAUCUCUAACCUGUGGGAUUUGUGUCAUAUGUAAUCACUUUUUAUUGUGUUAGUUUUCUGUAAAAACCCUUCUUCCACAUGUGUCUGCUCAAACAAAUAGUAUGUAAGUUUAAAAUUGUUUGUCUUGAAUUUUUAAUGGAAGCCAUUUCCAGUGCACAGUAGAUUACCCUGCCAUAGUGAUGACCUGGUAUACCUGAUGUCGGUUCUGUCCGGUAUGCAACGGCGGACAUCAUUCUGAUGUCGGUUCUGUCCGGUAUGCAACGGCAGACAUCAUUCUGAUGUCGGUUCUGUCCUGUAUAUAACGGCGGACAUCAUUCUGAUGUUGGUUCUGUCCGGUAUGCAACGGCGGACGUCAUUCUGAUGUCGGUUCUGUCUGGUAUAUAAUGGCGGACAUCAUUCUGAUGUCGGUUCUGUCCGGUAUAUAACGGCGGACAUCAUUCUGAUGUGGGUUCUGUCCGGUAUAUAAUGGCGGACAUCUUUCUGAUGUCGGUUCUGUCUGGUAUAUAACGUCGGACAUCAUUCUGAUGUCGGUUCUGUCCGGUAUAUAACGGCGGACAUCAUUCUGAUGUCGGUUCUGUCCGGGUAUAUAACGGCAGACAUCAUUCUGAUGUGGGUUCUGUCCGGUAUAUAACGGAGGACAUCUUUCUGAUGUCAAUUCUGUCCGGUAUGCAACGGCACUGAUGUCAGUUCUCUCCGAUAUAUAAUUUUGACAUCAUACAAAUGAUUAGUUCUGGGGUAAACAAUAAUUCUACGUGGUACAAAUCUUUUUUAUACUUUAUAAAUGUUGAAUAAUGUCACAAAUAUGGCAUAUGGGGUAUACUGCAUGGCUGCUAAAUCUUCAGUUUAACUUGAAACUGUGGGUAUCUACAGAAAACAUCCAGACAAAAAUAUGGUAUAUUACAUGACUAGUAAUGUGAUGAUAAUUUUUUUUCGUUUUUUAAAAUUCAGCAUUACUAGUAUUUUCCCAUAUAGAUUACCGUUAAAUUUCUUUAAGGAUUUAAGGAUUUUUGAUAAGUAGGCCAGGUUUAUUGUAUAUUUUAAUUGUAAAAGUUGUGGUAGGUGGUCUAGUGCCAUUUCCAGCUGGUUAUUUUUUAAAUCUACAGCGACAUAUUCCUGUACACAAUGGGGGUCAAUGCCACACAGAACAUUGUGGGUUUGUGCUGAUGUUUGGUUUGUUUGGGAACACGAUGAUGUAAUAUGUUGACACCUGUCAUGGUCUAUAUCUAUGUUGACUUUUGUGUAGUUUAGUUUUGUCAGUCUGUAAUAGUUUCCAAGUGAGGAUGCACAGUCUACACUUGCCACAUGAAUCCUGCGUGCCCUCACUGGUAAGUUAAUCUCUAGAUUUACUGUGUAUCCAUAUCAAAUUGGUGCUUAGUCAUAAACUUAUACUGUUUUAUUUUUUUUUUAAGUAUUCAUAGAAUGCCAUAAAUAAAAAAA